GUUCGGUUCUGUCGCGUCCGAGUCAUCGAAAUCGACGGGCGGUACGCAGCACAUACAUCGGUCGGACUCGAAGAAACUUCAGUGCAACGAGCAACAACGCACAACGGACCGCACGUUUACAUUGAUAAUCGACACGCCGCGGUUGGGAUCUGUCCCGAUAUAAAAAUACACACGCGCGGAUCGUCGCAAGACCGUCGUCACGAACGUUUGAACCUUUGCGUUCGCCAUGGUGAACAUCGCGAGCGUAGGCACGGUGGUCAUCAAAGUCGUCAAGUUGGUGUUGAACAUCAUCAUCCUGGUGCUGUACCGGACAGGAUACCGCGGCGGGUUUUUGGGAGUCGGCGGCACGUGGAAUCUGAACGAGGAGAAAAACCCGGACGCGGAAAUCAUUGCUUCCGGCGUGUUCAUUGGGUUCUUCAUCUACACCACCGUGAUACUGAUAUCGUACGGGUUCGGGUCCAAUCACCAGAAGAAGACGUUAGUUGACAUCAUCAUGAACUUCGUCGGCAUGUUUAUGUUCAUCGCCGUGGGCGGCAUAGCGCUGCACUACUGGAUCGGCUAUCAAAACGAGAACAAAUACAUCAGCGUGACUUCCGAAAGGGCUAUAGGCAUCACGGUGGGUGUGAUGUGCGUGCUGUCAGGAGCCGUGUACCUGGUGGACACCGUGCUGUCGUUCAUACACUUCGCGAGGGAGAUGGAGUUCGACUGAAACCGACCACGACGAUCCCAAUAUCGUUAUAGUUAAUAGUUUGAAUUCGACGAUUUUUAUUCGUGGACGACACACGCACAUACAGUUUUCGAUUUUACACGUAAUAUUAAGCUCAACCGGAACCUCUAUGCGCCCUACCUCUACCACGGAGUACAGACAACACGUGUUCGUUGUGUGUGUUUAUAAAUAAUUCUAUGUUCAAACAUAACUCAUUCUAUAAUA